AUGUUUUCACUGGAUCUGUUCCUGAAGUCAGAAGAGGUAUGGCUUAAGUUCAUCCAAAGAAUGAUCUUCCUUUCUCUUAAUGGAACUGGAAUUGUGGGAAAUACCCUUAUACUAAUGAAACACAUGCAUACUUUUGUCAUGAGUCCUGAGAAAAAGCCCAUAGACCUUAUUCUCAUUCACUUGGUUUUUUCUAAUGGAGUCAUUAUUUGUAGCACAGGGGUAAGAGAAAUAGCCACUGUUUUUUAUUUCAGAAAUUUUCUAGGUGAUGUUGGUUGUAAAAUUGUGAUUUACCUGGGAAGAGUGGCCCGAGGCCUUUCCAUCUGCACCACCUGUCUCCUCAGCAUGGUCCAGGCCAUCACCAUCAGCCCCAGAACCUCCCUGUGGAGAAAGCUCAAACCACAGACUGCAUGGCAAGUUCUUCCCUAUCUCCUCCUCUUUUGGAUCUUCAAUUCUCUGAUCAGCUCAAACCUGCUACAAUACAUCACAGCAGUCAGUAGCAUGAAUGGAUCUGGAACUGAAAUAUAUAUGGGCAAUUGUUAUAUGCUACCAUCUAGACAAGGGGUUAGAUGGCUUUUCCUCUCCCUCAUGGCUCUUCGGGAUGUGAUCUUUCAGAGUCUCAUGGGCUGGAGCAGUGGGCACAUGGCUUUCCAUCUGUAUAAACACCACCAGAGAGUCCUCUACCUUCAUAGCUCCAGGCUCACACACAAUUCCAGUCCAGAAAUCAGAGCUACUAUAAAUACUCUCAGUCUCAUGACCUGUUUCCUUAUUUUUUACUGGGCAGAUUUCAUUUUCUCCUUCUAUAUAGGUUCCACUUUGAGAAACAAUUUCAAAAUACUAAAUAUUAAAACCUUUGUAGUACUUGGUUAUGCUGUUUUCAGUCCUUUGGUCCUAAUCAGUCGAGAUAUCUGUGUUGCUAAAUCCUGGAGGGCUCGUUGA